CCUGGCCUCCGUGGCGCUGGUUCUCCGAAGGACGGAGGUGCAGACUGACGAAGGUUUUGCCGGUGUUGUGAGCGCCUCGGACACUCGGCGGGAAGCGAAGGAAGGAAGGGCGCGAUGGAUCCGAACGCGCAGGAGGACAAGUACAAACGCAGGGGCUUGCAAUUUACAUCAGCAACAGAUUCCCGUGCACUGAGAGCUAUCCAGCACAGGGAGAGCCAACGAUCACGCAGAGAAAAUGCCAUUACCCAGCGUCGCCAGAUUGGCUCCCUGGAGGACUCAGUGGACGAAGGGCGUCCCCAGCGUAACAUGAGUUUUUCUAUCCUUGAAGAAAUGCCAAAGAAGAAGAGUCUGGAAGAACUGGGAAGGGAACGUUAUCAGCAACUCCUUAAAUGGAAGGAAGAAAAGAGGAAGAGACUAGAGAAGGAAAGGAAGGUACGAAAACCAUCCUUCAAAACAGGAAUUUUCCAGCCAGACACGCCCAAGUAUUUAGUUUCUAUGGACGAUGGAGAAUUGUCCCAGACCCUCAACAAAACCCCUGGGAGGCCAACUCCAUUCAAGUUCCUGGUCAGGUCCUCCAAGAAGUCUGGUGAGACUCCUGGAACUUCUGCGCAAAAGCCGCUCAGGUUCUGCACGGGAGUGACCCCUGGAGUGUCCACUUAUAGGCGGUUACCCACCUUUGGCAUGGGCACAACUCCAGAUCAAUCAUUACAGAGAGCUGGUAGGCAAAAUUCAGAGGUUGGCUCAGCCAAACCAGCCCACAGAACUCGUGCUGCAUUGAAGGCUGGCAGGAAAGAAAGAAAUGAGAUUGCAGCUAGGAAGGGACCACUCCGUGGCCGCCCGUCAAAACUGCGGUCAAAGCAGACAGAGGCCGAGGAGUUGGGAGUGAAGCCAUUACCUCGUACACCACAAGCACUUCAACGGCCACGUUUCAGCAAAGCCAUCACACACGUGGCUGAUACAAGAGAUGCUCAAGAGCCCUCUUCCUUUGCCCCAAGUGAUUUCACUUUUGAAUUUAAUGUGCAACGAGCCCUUAGCCUGAUACGUUCAUGCACGGAAAAUGAUGCCAGUGAAGACCAUAAUGAGCCAAGUCCCCCAAAGAGGAGGAGGAGCAGACGUUCCUCCCAAUACAGCAAGAAAGAGGAAGAUGUGCAAAAUCCUCAACAGGAAGAAAUCACUAAGGGUUCCCCCCAAUCCCUGCCUCAUGUUGAGUGUGUCUCCCAACAAGAAUCUGAUGACAGUAGCACCGGUACAUAUGUUGUUGGUGACCAGUGCAUUGCUGACAGUGAGACCUUGCAGCAGUCAGGCUGUGAAUCUGCUGAUGGUGAUGUUGAGGCAGACUUGCAGGAGGAGCUGGAAGCUAGUGUUGCAGAAGAGGAAGAAGAGGCCCAGGAAGAGCAGAAAGCUGAGGAACCCAUGUCAGAAGAAGAGACUCAGGAUCAGAUUCCUCCAGGUGACGAUGUUGACAGCAGCAGGAACACAGUGGAAGCAGAAGAGCCACAGGUUAAGGAGGCUCUUACCCUUGAAGCUGAAGAAAAUGUGGAAGGAGAAUGUAAAACCAUGGAAGAGGAAGAUUGCGCCUUGGAAGACAAUGAACCUUCAUCUCUCCACCUCAGUCCAGAAAAGACCACACACACCAGGAGAAAGAGUAAAGCGAAAACUCCAGCAAGACGAUCAACAAGGAGGUCAAUUGCAUGUUGUGGCGAGGGUAUAACACCCACAUUGUCCAGACUUCGCCCUCGAACGCCCUGUAGCCGCUCCACACGCCGUUCGUUGUCUGCCCACUGUGACUCGCCUGUUGAAAGGGUGUACACGCCACUGCGACAGGCUUCCUCAAGGAGGAGGAGCACCAGGCGCUCAGUUGGCAGCGCCCUGAAGCUCAAGAACAUAAGUGAAGCCCCCAUUACAGACAUCCCCAAGUUCAGCUUGCCAUGUGAAAGUAAUGCUGAAGGGGAGGACCGUGAAAUCUUGGAGGAAGAGGGAGUGAUGGAACCGCUGGAAAACCUUACGGAGGUAUGUGGUGAGGAUGAUGCCAUGGCAGAGUCAACAGAAGAUGCUACAGCGACCAAAGUCACUGCUGCAGAAGAUAAGCCAGAAUUUGCAACGCCCAAUCAGGUUGCAUUCAAGAAGUCCCAAAAAACUCCAUCGUCUGAGAAAGCCAGUGAAUUAGCAACACCCAUUCAGGUUGCAACUGGGAUGUCCCAAACAACUCCAUCUGAGAAAGCCACUGACUCCCUCAUUAAUGCCACCCCGAGGAGCCACGGACGACGUUCAAAGGUGUCAUGGAUGGUAGAGGGAAGUCCCUGGAUCAACACUGCUCGUCGCUCCUCCCAGAAGAAGAGGCGCAGUGGUGUUCCUCCAGAUAUUCUCAGUCUCUUUCAUGACAUCCCAACCGAUGGGUCACCGCUCCCCGCACACUUAACUCCAGAAGGAAUGAGAACUAAGGAUUUGGGAGCCUCGCCUGUAACUGCUGUUUAUAACUCACCCAUGGGGGCGGGCAAUGCUAGUGUGCUUGAGGAUCAGACAUGUACCAAUCUCUUGGCUCUUCUUGAACCCACAGUCACAACGGAACACGUUGAUUCCCCUGAUAUUGAUGUCUGGGGUGAAGACAGCCCAGCAGUGGCAACAGCACCUGCAAAUGACGUACACUGUACACCUGUCACAUCUAAGCAAACAUCCAUUCUAGGCUCGGCUAACCAAAACAUGCUUUUAAUAAAUGCUGCUUCUCCUAAACUCCAGUAUCCUGCAGAGGAAACCAAGAGAGAAGCUCAGGAAGAAAAGUGCUUCUCUCCUCUCCCCCAAGCUGCCGAAAGCAAGGAAGUGGCUGCGCAUGGGAUUCUGUCCGAAACCAACACUCUUAGUAAGGGCAGCAGUGGGCGAAAUAAAUCUCGAAGGUCUGUCAUGUUCGCUGUGCAGGAGGACCAGGAGAACCUUGGAUCGCCACACUUCCGGUUUCCAGGCACUCCAGUCAGAGCAUCAUCGCGGGUGUCCAUGGGGCUCUUCUCCAAAGUGGACACAAACACUGACACCUUCCCAACCCAGGGCGAGGACCUGAUGGGCUUUGACUCCCCGCAGAGUGAAAAGAAGACGGCAC